AUGCCCGUUCCAAAUAAAUACAACUUAAGACCUUUCAUUGAAGCUCCAUUAUCAAAGUUCCCAAUUAAAAAUAAAAUAGAUUUACAAACUAUUGAUUUUUCAUUGUAUGAUGAUGAAAACUUUGCUACAAGAAAAUCAUUAGCUGAUAAAAUUGAAAAAUCAUUAUCUACAUAUGGUUUCAUCUCCAUAAUCAAUCACGGUUUCCCAAUUGAGAAAAUCGAAUUUUUAAAAUCAAUUGCACAAUCAUUAUUAGAACUUCCAAUUGAAGAACAAAAAAAGUAUUUAGCUGGUGCUUUAAAAAGUGAUUUGGAAGAUAGAAGUAAAUCUUUAGGUGGUGAACAAGGUUCUGGUUUCAAACCAAAAGGUUAUUGGUCAAUGAAAGGUGGUGUUGAAGACUCAAUAACUCAUUACAAUUUUAAUAAUAUGCAACAUGAUAGAUUUUUCGACUUAGAAUAUAAUAAUUAUCCAGAAAUUGUUAAAGAUUACCUAAAAGAAAUUGCUGAAUAUUAUAGAUUCUUACAUAAUGAUGUUUUAAGAAAGCUUUGUAAUUUAUGUGAUAUAGUUUUAGAAGUACCUGAAGGUUUUUUAUUUGAUAACUACUUUAAAACAUUUCCUGGAAAUUAUGAUGAAUCUGGAGCUGGACCUGGUAGAUUUAUGCAAUAUGAAAAAAUGCCAGAAGAAGAUUUAAAGAAAGUUGAUAAUGAAACAUUAAGAGGUCAUUCGGAUUCAGGUGGGUUCACUUUUAUAACUAGUCAGCCAAUAUUAUCAUUACAGAUUAGAGAUUAUUAUACCGGUAAAUGGAAUUUUGUUGGACAUAAACCAAAUGCAUUAAUUGUAAAUAUUGCAGAUACAAUGGAAUUUAUCACUGGUGGCUAUUUUAAAUCAAGUAUUCAUAGAGUUGUUUCUUCACCAAUUGAUCAACAAGAUUAUAAAAGGUUAGUUUUGAUAUAUUUUAGUAAACCAAAGAAUACAGCUGUUUUGGAUCCUGAUUUAUUGAAUUCACCAAAAUUGAAAAGAUUAGGUUUUAAUAAACCAAAAGAUUGGGAAAAGAUUACUACAUCUCAAUGGAGUGUUGAUAAACUGAGAUUAUUUGGUAAGAAAAAAGUUAAUGAUACAAAAGGUGAUGAACCGAAUUUAGUUUUAAUGCAUGGUAGAUUGCAUGAAAGAUGGCAUCAAGCUGAAUUUAAUUUUACAUUGGAAGAAGCUGAAAAACAUUUUAAAGUGAUAAAAUUAGAUUGA